UACAUAUAUAUUACCUACAACAAUACACCUUGUCUGAGCUGUAAAAUCUCAGUGCACCCUCACAAAUCUACAUUUUUUUUUUUUUAAGUUUUAACAUGCUCGAUCUCCUCAUCAUGCCCCCUUCUUCAAAAUCCACCGCCACCGCCACCGCCACCGCCUCCUCCACCCCCGGCGCUGCCACCUCUUCCGCCACGAAACUUACCGGCCACCACCACCACCACCACCACCACCACCAAAACCACCAUUCCCACUCCCCUCUCCUCCUCUGCAAACACUCUCCAUCAGCCACCCUAGACCUCCUGAUCCUAAUUUUAGUCCUUUUCUCAGGCACUUUCCUUCUAUCCUCUUACUUCUCCUACCUGUUCCAUUCCCUUUCCCUUCUCCUUUCCCCUCUCCUCUCCACCCAAAGCGCUUCCUUUUCUCUCCCUUUCGUUUCCUACCUUUUGGGUUGCACACUUUUCUUUGUCACAACCCUUAUUUCCAUCGAGUUCUGCUGCGGUUCACGGUCCCGUAAAUGCGAAAAGCCUGGUUGUAAAGGGCUGAAAAAGGCUUUGGAGUUUGAUUUGCAGCUACAAACGGAGGAUUGUGUGAAAAAUGGAUCAAAGGAGAUUGAUCGUUUGCCUUGGAAAGGUGGGAGUGAAGGGAACCCCGAUUAUGAGUGUUUGAGGGCUGAAUUAAGGAAGAUGGCACCGCCUAAUGGGCGAGCUGUUUUGCUUUUUCGGGCUCGCUGUGGUUGCCCUAUUGCUAAGCUUGAAGGUUGGGGUCCGAAGAGAGGGAGACGCCAUAAAAAGGGUCUUGCCAGUUCGGGACAAAAUGGAGAUCAUCGCUAAUAAUUGAUUUUGUAUAGUCACCGGAAUCCUCCUACAUUCCAACGUUUAACUAGUUCGAUCUUUAACGCUUUCUCUCCUUUCUGGAAGACUUUACUUUGAUCAGAAGAAAUUUUACAUGCUGUAUUCCCGGUGGCAUUUCUUGAACCUUUUCUAAAAUCAUUAACUUGGAAGGAUAUAUAAACAUUUAAUUUGAAUAAAAUAACACUGGAUGAUGAUAUUAUUUAAAA